UCCCUAACGCAAAACCAGCGCAGCUUUUCCCCUUGUUCUCCAUUCUGUCCUCACACUCUCAUCUUCUUCGCUGCUGCUUCAACCUAAACCAAACACGAUUCACACUCACACAAGCCUUGAGAACCAGCUGAAAUUUACAACUCAAAAUUCCAGGGCUUAAAAAUCAGAAAAGCUCCAAAAAGAAAAAGGGAAACAGAAACGCGAACUGAAACAAAUUUUCAAGUCGUUCCUACUUCGAUUCUACCGUUCAUUUUUUGCAUUCGGAUAGGGAUCUAGAAAGUAGCUCGAAUAAAAACAAGCUCUAGGAUUCUUGGGUCGUUGAGUUGUUGAUUGUUGGCUGAAUCUGUUGUUCUUGCUUCGCUGAUCUGUUCUUCAUUCGAUUUGUUCAUGUCAAGGUAUUCCUCGACCCUUGCUAAUAAAAGCUCCAGCACGUUGAGCUCUUUCUGCGCGCUGCGGUUAGCCUCUUCUUCUCGCGCUCUCGCUGCUAACUUGCGCAUCUCACCUACCCAAUUCUCUCCUCUCCGCCGAUCUCUGCCGUUGACAUCUGCAUAUAUAAUUGGCAAGCCACUUUUUUGCUCGCGCUCACAUAGGAGAAUAUCAGUAUUGAGUAGAAACUCCUCGAGAUCUCAGUUUAGAAUUAAAUCAUCAAUGGCUGAGACUGUGACAGGUAAAAGUAAAGGGAAAGUUGAAGUGUUUGAUACUGAAGAGGAACUUGCCGUGUCUCUAGCGAAGUACACAGCUGAUUUAUCGGAGAAGUUUUGCAAAGAGAGAGGUUCUUUUUCUGUUGUUGUUUCCGGUGGUUCACUUAUCAAGUCUCUUAGGAAAUUGGUGGAGCCACCAUAUAUUGAUUCAAUAGACUGGUCGAAGUGGCAUGUUUUCUGGGUGGAUGAGAGAGUGGUCCCAAAGGAUCAUCCUGAUAGCAAUUAUUUGCUUGCUUAUGAUGCUUUUCUAUCCAAGAUACCUAUUCCUAGUGGCAAUGUGUAUGCCAUAAACGAUGCAUUAUCAGCAGAGGGUGCAACAGAUGAUUAUGAGACUUGUCUAAGACAUUUGGUUAAGA